GGCCUGCGCACCGCAACCGGAGAGCGCGCGCAGGUGGCCGCCGAGGAGGGGCGGGGCCGGCGCCUUUAAGCCUUGGGGACCCCAGCCCUGCUCCCGCGGACGCGUCCCGGGCCCAGGCACAGCGCCCUGCAGCGCGCGUGGGCCUGCCUGGCCGGAAGGCGCCCCUGACCUUGGUUUCUCCCCGGUGCCAGGUCUGCUCAAGGACCAUGGGCACCGCGCUGAGCACGGGCCCCAGGCUGGCUCUCCUGUCCAGUCGGGCCAGCGGCACCGUCCCGCGUUGGGCGCCCUCCGAACCCGCCCGCUGCAGCCACUCCAAGCCCGGCCCGGUGCGCCCUGUGCCCCUGAAGAAGCGAGGAUACGAUGUCACCAGGAACCCGCAUCUCAACAAGGGGAUGGCUUUUACACUUGAAGAAAGGAUGCAGCUUGGGAUCCAUGGCCUAAUCCCUCCCUGCUUCCUGAGCCAGGACAUCCAGCUCCUCCGGGUCAUGAAAUCCUACGAGAGGCAGCAGAGCGACCUGGACAAGUACAUCAUUCUCAUGACACUCCAAGAUCGGAAUGAGAAGCUCUUCUACCGCGUGCUGACGUCGGACGUGGAGAAAUUCAUGCCCAUCGUGUACACGCCUACCGUGGGGCUGGCCUGUCAGCACUACGGCCUGACCUUCCGCAGGCCCCGUGGGCUGUUUAUCACCAUUCAUGACAAGGGCCACCUUGCAACAAUGCUGAACUCUUGGCCAGAAGACAAUAUUAAGGCCGUGGUGGUGACUGAUGGAGAGCGCAUCCUGGGCUUAGGAGACCUGGGCUGCUACGGCAUGGGGAUCCCUGUGGGCAAGCUGGCCCUGUACACGGCGUGCGGAGGGGUCAACCCACAGCAAUGCCUCCCUGUCCUGCUGGACGUCGGCACCAACAACGAGGAGCUGCUCAGAGACCCCCUGUACAUCGGCCUGAAGCACCCGCGUGUGCGUGGGGAGAGGUACGAUGAGCUGCUGGACGAGUUCAUGCAGGCCGUGACAGACAAGUUUGGAAUAAAUUGCCUCAUUCAGUUUGAAGAUUUUGCCAAUGCCAACGCCUUCCGCCUGCUCAACAAGUACCGCCAUAAGUACUGCAUGUUCAACGAUGACAUCCAAGGCACAGCCGCCGUCGCUGUGGCAGGGAUCCUGGCUGCUCUGAGAAUCACCAAGAACAAGCUCUCCAAUCACAUGUUCGUUUUCCAAGGUGCAGCCAUGGGCAUCGCCCACCUCCUUGUCAUGGCCCUAGAGAAAGAAGGCAUACCCAAGGCAGAGGCCACGAAGAAGAUCUGGAUGGUGGAUUCCAAAGGACUCAUUGUCAAGGGAAGAAGCAACCUAAACCAUGAGAAGGAGGUAUUUGCCCAGGACCAUCCUGAAGUGAGCUCCCUGGAGGAGGUGGUGAGGCUGGUGAAGCCCACGGCCAUCAUAGGUGUUGCUGCCAUCGCAGGAGCCUUCACGGAGCAGAUUCUGAGGGACAUGGCCUCCUUCCACGAGCGCCCUAUCAUCUUUGCCCUGAGCAACCCCACCAGCAAGGCCGAGUGCACAGCUGAGAAGUGCUACCAGGUCACCGAGGGCCGGGGGAUCUUUGCCAGUGGAAGUCCUUUUGAUAGCGUGACUCUGGAAGACGGCAGGACCUUCAUUCCGGGCCAGGGAAACAACGCCUACGUGUUCCCUGGAGUGGCGCUGGGAGUCAUCGCCGGCGGGAUCCGGCACAUCCCAGAUGAGAUCUUCCUCCUGACAGCAGAGAAUAUUGCCCACGAGGUCUCUGAACAUCAUCUGUCCCAGGGGAGACUAUACCCACCACUCAAUACCAUCCGAGACGUGUCUCUGAGAAUCGCCAUCAAAGUUCUUGACUACGCGUACAAACACAACCUGGCCUCUUAUUACCCGGAGCCCAAGGACAAGGAGGCUUUUAUAAGAUCCCUGGUCUACACUCCAGACUAUGACUCCUUUACACUGGACACCUACACAUGGCCCAAGGAAGCCAUGAAUGUUCAGACAGUCUGAUGCAGUCCUGGAGGCUGGUGUGGGGCUGGAUGAAGCCCAGAGUAAAAUAACACUGAUAAUAUAAAUGGAUUCCAA